UUUUUUUCCAUUAAAUAUUUAAAAAUCUGCAUACCACUCUGCAUUUGGGUCCAAACACACAUCAUGACGCUCUGCCUGGAGGGGCUGGGUGAUGCAUCUGAUAAGAGUUUCUCAUCAUUGGCUGUGUGUAUGAAACUCCUGCAGACACACAGCUGCAUCUCAGCCAUGGCUGUGGGUAAACUGCUCGCUCUGCUGGUUCAGCUCCAGUGCUCUGCAGCUUUGAUGGGGGCUGCAGUGAGGAGCUCCAUCAUUGGUGGGGGAGACGCCCCAAAGGGCAGGUGGCCUGGUUUGGUCUACCUUGACAUCACCACAGACAGUGGGGAGAGAAAGUGGCACUGCAGUGGUUCAAUUCUCAAUCAGAAGUGGGUCAUGACUGCUGGGCGCUGCUGGGAUGAUGAACUGAGGACCAGGUGGGAUCGAACAAGAGUCUGGGUCGGCACAUAUGAGCUGGACAAGCCAUCUGAACGUUACAUGGAUGUAGACUUUGUUUAUCGUAAAACUGAGUUCAGGGUUACUGUCAAUGGCUUCAUCAAUGACAUCUCCCUCAUAAGGUUAAAAAACCCUUUAGACUUCUCUAAGACCGUUGCUCCAGUGAUCUUACCCAGCGAGGAUGACACCUUCAAUUCUUCCUCUGAGUGUUGGAUCGCGGGCUGGUGGAGAAUAAACGAUAGUACCUGGGGAGAGAAAUCAUUGACUCUACAGGAGAUGAAGGUUCGAAUUGUGUCUCAGACUAGAUGUAAAGUUGCAUUUCCAGACCUGAGUGAUAACAUGCUGUGUGCAGGUGGUCCUGCUGGAGGAAAAUAUUCCUGCAACUGUGUCAUUUUUCAGCAUCCACCAGGAGACCAUGGCAGCCCGCUCAUGUGCCGAACAGCCAGAGGCUUUGUGCAGGUGGGAAUCAUGAGCUUUCGCAGUCCGGAUGAUUGUCGUACCCCAGUCCGCUUUGGAAUCUACACUCAAGUCUCCAGCUUUAUGGCCUUCAUCAAGACAUUCACUUUGUUUGGCUAAUAUUUCAAGAAGCAAGUCAAAAUAUCUGAACUAUAUCAACUCCUACAUCUAAUUUGUAUACCUUCAUCAGCUUGUCUCCUUAUUCCAAUCAAACCUUCCAGUUUAUUCACUCUUCCUCACCCAGAAAUGCAACUCAGUAAAAAGAAAUAGUUUUAGUAUUUCUAUUCAAAAAGUGAAAUUAAUGUAAUGCAAGUUUACUAAUAUGAUAGUGGCCUUGCAGAAAGUUACGGACACCCUCCAUAAGGUAUUGCUAAAAAAAAAUAAUAAAAAAGAGUCUUUUC